GACUUGUGUGUGUGUGUGUGUGUGUGUGUGUGUGUGUGUCUGUGUGUGCAGGAAGAGUUUCUGCACAGAGAGACGGACAGGGGUAGAGCAGGAGCUAAGGCCAGGCCUCUUGUAGUCUGCCAGCGGACUCUCAGUUAAACAGGAUGUAGCAGUUGCUCAGAGCAGGAACAGGUGGCCGCCAACGUGACUGCAGCCCGUCAAUCGCGGUUAACAGUGGCCCCCGGAGUUUGCACGGCUCCCUAAUCUGCACGAUCACAGAGAAAGAGAGUUUUAUCCAGGCUCACGGGCCAAGAUAAAACUCCCCAAUUUCUCUAUCUCCAAAUCCGCCCCCCCCCACUCGCUCUUCCUCACACGGUGCUUCGGCACUUUGUGGGCUACAAUAGCCGUAAUCGAUGUUAUAUAUGGGCUCCUCGCGGAAGGAAACAUGAGCUGCGACGACGGAGCGGCGCUGUCCACGCGGCCGAGGAGGCAACGCGGGCACCGCGAGCUGCGGGCAUUUCGGAAGUCACCGUCGGCGAGCAGGUGCUGUUGUCGGGUCUCGUUGACAUGCAUUCCCCCUGAGCUUGGCGACGCCUCCCUCAGUGGUGUGGUGGCAGGAUGCCAGUGCAGGCAGCCCAGUGGACAGAGUUCCUGUCCUGUCCCAUCUGCUACAAUGAGUUUGACAGCAGCGGCCACCAGCCCAUCAGCCUGGGAUGCUCCCACACGGUAUGUAAGACCUGCCUACACAAACUGCACCGCAAAGCCUGCCCCUUUGAUCAGACACCAAUCAGCACGGACAUCGACCUGCUGCCGGUCAACUGCGCCCUGCUGCAGCUGGUUGGAGCUCAGGCCCCAGAUGUGCAGGCAGUGAGCCUGAGUAGUGCAGCAGAGGUGGAGCACUAUGAGGUCUGCAGGGUGUGUGUAGAAGAGCUGGCUCUCUACCUAAAACCUAUCAGCGGAGCAAAAGCUCCGCAGAUACACUGUUUGAUCACAGAGGUAUCGCCUACUGCAGGUGUGGCGAGCCUGAGUCCCAGCGUGCUCAGUCGGCCUAUGCAGAGGAAGCUGGUGACCUUGGUGAACUGUCAGCUGGUGGAGGAGGAGGGGCGUGUGCGGGCGGUGCGGGCAGGCCGGUCGCUGGGGGAACGAACCGUAACCGAGCUCAUCCUGCAGCACCAGAACCCCCAGCAGCUCUCUGCCAACCUCUGGGCAGCGGUGAGGGCGCGAGGAUGCCAGUUCCUGGGACCUGCUAUGCAAGAAGACGCACUGAAGCUGGUUUUACUGGCUCUGGAGGACGGCUCAGCUCUGUCCAGGAAGGUGUUGGUUUUGUUUGUAGUCCAGAAGCUCGAGGCUCGGUUUCCCCAGGCCUCCAAAACCAGCAUAGGCCACGUGGUGCAGCUGCUCUACAGGGCCUCCUGCUUCAAGGUGACUAAGCGCGAUGAGGACUCCUCACUGAUGCAGCUGAAGGAAGAGUUUCGUACAUACGAGGCUCUCAGGAGAGAACACGAUGCCCAGAUUGUCCACAUCGCCAUGGAGGCAGGCCUACGGAUCUCACCUGAGCAGUGGUCUUCGCUGCUGUACGGAGACCUGGUCCACAAGUCACAUAUGCAGUCCAUCAUUGACAAGUUGCAAUCUCCAGAGUCGUUUGCAAAGAGCGUCCAGGAGCUGACAAUCGUUCUGCAGAGGACAGGAGACCCGGCCAACCUCACCAGCCUUAGACCGCACUUAGAGCUAUUAGCCAACAUCGACCACAAUCCAGAUGCCCCGGUGCCAUCAUGGGAGGAGCUGGAAAGUGUGAUGCUGGCUGUGAAGUUGGUGGUUCACGGACUGGUGGAAUUCAUACAGAACUUCAGCAAGAAGAGCCACGACACCCCACAGCCUCAGGCCAACAGCAAGUAUAAGACCAGCAUGUGCCGAGACCUUCGUCAGCAGGGUGGCUGUCCCCGAGGAACCAACUGUACAUUUGCACACACACAGGAUGAGCUGGAGAAAUUUAGACUGAGGAACAAGAAGAGCAGCAGUGUGGGCCGUGCAUUUCCAUUAGCACCCGGGGUUAUGGGCAAAACCUUCACCAUGGAGGGCAGCAUCCACACAGACGUGUCUGCAGGAGUGGGGCAGGGGCUCAAAGGCACAGGGGAGAAUACAGCUACCCUGAUAGAAGGAGUUCCUGGCCUGACUCACCCCCAGCUUAUCUCCAGAGGAGCCGACAUGAUAGAGGAAAUGAAGAGAGCGGUGCCAAAUGGGUCCAGUGGGGCUAACGGGUCCAACGGGCUAUCUGGCGCCAACAGAACCACGUCAGGUUCAACGGAACAGAAAUCCAUCUCUCCUCCCAGAACUCCAGUCAGCCACUCCUCGGCGUCGUCUCCCUUGACCACAGUUGGACGUGCUGAUGGUGGUGCUCCUAUACCCAAACAUGGGCAGUUCAUGCUGCGUGCACCACAUCCCUCACAAACGUCAGAGCUGUACUAUCAGGAGUCGCACCCUGCUUAUGACACGGCCCAUUAUCAACAAACCUCAGGUUCUUACUACCCAUCUUCUCUUCAUCCUCCUCACAAACCCUGCAUGGCUCGCUUCCUCCGAUCGUCCAACGUCCCAGAAUCCUCUCUGCCACCCUCUAUUGGCCCUCCACCAACUUCCUACCCCAGUGACCCUCAAACGCCACACCCACCUUCCUCUUCUUCCUCGGGGUACCCUCCACACCCACCUAGAGAUCGGAUGGGUCCUGCCUUCCAUCCCCACCCAGGGCAGCCGCAGUAUGGGCCUCUGGCUCCUGCUCACGGGGUUUAUGCUCCCCUUUAUGACAGCAGGAGAGUAUGGAGGCCUCAGCUGUACCACAGAGAGGAUGCCAGGAGUAACUCACUGCCACCAGAGGUGUUGCAUUCCUCUGUCUACCAGCCUCCACUCAGGGAGAGAUUCAACUCUCUAGAUAGCAACUACUGCUCUGGAGCUGAACACCGUGCAGGGCUACACAGGGAUUAUGGUCGUGUUCCUCUGGGCUAUGAGGAUCUGUUCAGGAGGAAGCAGGAACAGUGGGCUCAUCAUCACCACCAUCACAACACCAACAGACCUUCUCAGUCCUCCCCCAUCUUCACCGUCGAUUUUGGAACUGAGCAUGUGGAAAGCAGCGGAGGCCAGUGCGUGGAGUGCAGGUUCAGAGGCGAGGAAAGUUUAGCGCACUACUCUCCGUGGUCCUGUGGUACCAUCGGCCCCUGCCUCAGCCCCUUUGAGCCUGAAACACUCACACACACUUCAGCUCACUCCUGCUCAGAGCACUCGGAGUUAGACAGUAAUGGAGGCGGAGGUGGUGGCGUUAGCAGUAGUAGUGUCGGGAAGCGGUGGCUGCAUUCGCUGGAUCACUACCGCCGCCUGAAAGACGAGGACCCGAUCAUUCCCUUUAGCGAGGGGCCCAUUAUCUCCAAGUGGGGUGCCAUAUCCAGGGCGUCACGCACGGGCUACCACACCACUGACCCUGUCCAAGCCACAGCCUGCCAGAGCGGUGCCAGCACCACGCCCAUCAACUUUAAAGAUUACAACCCCCGCUUGGAUCACAGUGACUACAGGUGGAGCUCCAGAGGAUCAGACUCCUCCAGCCACUCCAGUUUCCUAGAGAGUGAGCAGCUUUGUGCAUCAGAGCUGCACGGCCGUCGAACUUCAAUAAGCAGUGGAGAGAAAAUUGUUUCUGAUCUGCAAGCCCGUCAGACCGCCUACAGCCAGGAUCGGAACCGGGCUGAGAGCGAACCAGACCCGGACCGAGACAUUGAGCUCGAACUGUGUGCUCUGGACAUGGAGGACUCAGACCACCAGGAGAUCAAGUCUCAGGAGUCUUUAGACCUGGCUACCCCACAGUCUCAGGAUGCUUCCCACCUCCUCCCGCCUCCCUGCUCCUCUCCCCUCCUCUCAUCCCCUGUAGAGGAGCAGCACCAAACAGAGGGUCUCGCGACAGACAAGAUGGAUGCUCACCUGCUGAAAAAGAUGGCCUUCAGGAAGUCUCUUUCUCCUGGAGGGUUGGUCUCAGGAGGUCUGGGCGUCGGCAAGCUGGUGCUGCGGACUGGACCGUCUCGACUGGGGGACACUUCCACCCGGGCUUGUCCAGAAACAACCGGGACAGAGAUGCUGCUCAACGGAAGCUAAGGGGACGCAAAGUCAGACAGUGACCUGUAUCAUGCUAGCGCUAAGCCGCUAGCCCACAACCAGAUUUUGUUUAAAGUGAAUACCAUUUAAUUCCAGCCUUCAUAUAUGUAAAUCAUAUGCCUAAAUAAAACUUUACAGAUAUGGGUCAACAGUCUGUGCUGCGCCACACCACAAGGGGAAAGAGAAAACACACUGUCCUGCCUCCUAAGUGGUCAUUUUCACCAAUGUAUAGCUCCACAUAGAAUUUAGCGAUAUCACUGUUAACGCCUAAUAAGGUACAUGAUCAGACCGUCCUAACAGUAGAUGCUGAACUUGACCAUGUUUGCAGUUUAAAUCCUGGUCACAUUUAGGAGAAAGGCUGGGGAUCUCACAGCAUAUUCACCACAUGAUUGCUCUCUCUCUUACCUGACAUUGUACUCCUGAGGUUUACACAUCAUCCAGUUUGUUGUCCUUCAUCAUGGCUGACAAAGACAAAUGGUCUGUCAGACAGCAAAACUCCAUACAGUAGGUGGAUUUACGAUGAGUGAAGUUUCUUCAGUCAUGCCACUUUUCAGUUUACUGCACGAUUUCUUUGAUAAGGCACUGCUUUACAAUCAAGCCCCACAUAGCCUUCUCAACAAACCUGGCAUUAUUUAUCCCCUUUUGAAGCUUUUUUGCCACCUUACGUAUAUCUGACAAUUGUUUUUCAUGUCUUUCUAUCUCUGUACAUGUUAAUGCAUUUGUUUGGGCCACUGGUUUUGAUUAUAGCCUUUGUUGUUAUGUUGCAUAACACAGUUUCAACAGUAUUUCCUGAAAGAUUGAGAGAUAGACGUUAUAAUACUGAGAGCAAAAAUUAGGAGGGCACUGCUGCCCUCCAGUAAAAUAAAAAAAAACUGCAGAAAACAGAGGUCUUCAAUAUACUGAUAGUGAAACAAGCCUCUGUCUUUUAUGAGUCAUAUGAUCUUUUAAAUGUUGACCUCCGAAUUCCCCUCGACUUUCACGAGAUCACAGGACACAAUGACACAUUCAUAAACUGAAUUUGUCAAUGAUCAUUGAUCACAGAAAGUCACGAGAGAUGAACAAAGUAAAGAUGUGUGGGGUUUUUUUUUUUACUUUUUCACCUUAAACAUAUUUUCUUAUUUGACUCAUUCUGCAUAACUAAAGAGUACAAAGCAGUUCUUUUUGGGAUGAAAUUGUAUUUUGAACUAGAGAUGGAGCUAAUUUAGUCGAGCUCUCUUCAACUCACAUUAACUCACAAACCAUGUCAAAAACUAUCGUCUCAUCUUUGUGUGCCUGCAGUGACACUGGCAUUUCAUUCUGCUGACACACACACACACACACACACACACACACACACACACACACACACACACACACACACACACACACACACACACACACACACACACACACACACACACACAAGAUACAUGUGUGCACAAACUUACAUGCACAUACAGCAGAUACAAACAUGCAAUACAGUGGCCUUUCUCUCCUUGGUGUUGUACAAAACCAAACAUUGGGCUCCACAGUGAUGUUUGUCCCGGCUCAUUGACAGACCCCUGUCUUAUUUCAGAGGUGUUAUCUUACACGUAAUCGUGAGCCCAUGGCUUUUUCUGUCCUUUCCAGUCCAGUCACAUUUACGUACUAUGUAAACAAUAUCAACAUCAGAGGUCACGCGUGAUUUUUCAAGCUGAAGCCUAAAAGAGUGAGGGACAUCAGUUCUUUUGUUUCUUCAUGCUAUAUCUUUGUUUAACAUUUUAAAAAGUUUUGGUUUGUUUUAUUUUAUGCAUUGCUAACUUCUGUGAAGUUGUUUGUCGGGGUAUUUUGUAUCAGGAUCUUUGUUACUUGUGUUUUGUUUGUUUUGUUUUAAUUCAUAGCAGAGGUGAAACUGAUCAUCUUGUCUAAUGUUUCUCUGUCUUUGCUGGGCAUCAGAUGCGCUGUCGUCAGUACACUGUAAUUCACCAAAGUCUAGUUCACUGUAAUUUUGUGCAGUAUGGGUGAUUCCCACACAGACCAGCCUUGCCUCACUCACUUUUAUAGAUAUGAGGCAUCUUGUCAUGUGUGGUUUAGUCUUAAUGACUUUAGCAUGAAACAUGAACCCAUCUUAUAUAUACAGGAUUUGAUGUCAUGGAGACUCCACUGAGUUUUUUUUUUUUUUUACACCUAUUCUAAAUCUUAUGAGAUUUGUGUAGAAUGAGAAAAUGAGGGUCAACUAAUUGUUGAAUCUUUCAAGUUCCCUCUUCAAUUUCCUCUCACCUCAGAUACUGUACCUUCUCAAAAACAUCAUGAGAGGCAAGCAGCAAUGUCCUUGCCCUCAAGUUAUAUCUUAAAUCCCAUUUUAGAGGAUGGCAGAAUGGCUGUACAUACGAGGAAAGGUUUUUGAGUUACAAUUUAAAACUUUAAUAAUAAAAAUGAACAAUGAAAUGGUGGACUAGUGACCUUUUUGGGUUUCUGUCUUAUCUUCCACCCAACUGCUGAGAGAAGCGGGCAGAGAAAGUGAAGAGUUGGACUGAACAAUUCAGUGUGACUUGAUAAUAUUGUUCUGAAAAUGUUUUGUAGUGUUAAUUUCUGACUGUAAAAGGCAAGAGCUGGCGCAGGGAUUUAGCCGCUCCAAGUCAUGAAAUUAGCUCAGCUACCUACUGUCGCUCUGCAUCUGUUUACAACUUCACCUUUGAAGUCAUGUAACGUUAAGUGCCAUGUUGUGUACAGUACAGUACAAUCAAUCCCUGCAAUUUUCCUAUAGCUUUUCAUAUUCCUCAGCUGUGCACUAUGCGAGGAGGGAAAAGCUCAGUCAAGUUGAUGAGUAAGAUACUUCUCUUGUAGUUCUGCUUUGUUCCAUUAGAGGAGGCUAGAUCCUUGUCUGUCUGAACCGCUCAGGGAAGACUUAAGUUGCUCAGCUCCUUUUGCUUUUUCUAUAUUCAUCACUUUAAAUAUUCUGCGGAAGCAUUUACAUGAAUUUCACUUGCUGAUAGCUGAUCCUUUCACCCAAAGCAUAAAUGGGUUCAAGUGUUAACGCCUAUUAUAUUGUUUGCCAGUGUUUACUUAGCCAGUGUUUUCUUUUGCCUCUCGGCAUCAAUAUUGGCUUUGCUAUUCUUGCCCUCAUGGGGAAGGGCUGGGCACUACCGUAUGUAAAAACAGUAUUGUGAGUAUUGAACUUAUGUCUAAGUGAUACUCCCUGUUUCCUUCAAAGAGUCUAUUGAGCACUGCUGUAGUGGCUAGUUGCACUGCACUAAUUUCCACCCCAUCACUGCCAGCAGGUGCACUCAGCCAGUGAGUGCCAGCCCCCGCCC